AUGCCGCGUAAAUUAAUGCGUUCUAAAGAAGAUGAAGAAGAAGUACAAAGAAUUCGAAGAGAAAAAAAUGCUGAAAGACAACGGCGUUAUCGUUCAAAUAUUAAAUCCAAAAAUAUUAAUCAAGUCGAAGUAAGAAAACAAAAUGCUGAAAGGCAACGUUGUUUUCGUGUAAGACAUAAAAUAAAUGUUCAAAAUGUUCCUAACAAUAUUGAAAUUAAUUCACAAUCUACAUCUCAGAGAGAAAGAGGAAAUUAUAAAGGAUUAUAUUCAUUUAAUGAUUGUUGUGGCCAUGGAGGUGUUAUUCUUGACAGUAUGUCGAAUGAUUUUCCUUCUGAAUUAAAAUCUUUAUUAGAUGGAUCACAUUCUAAAAGUAGGAGUUUCCAUUCAAAAAUUAGGGGUUAUAAUAAUUCAUUUUCUUUUGCUUCUUUAAAUGCAAAUGUUGUAAAAUUUAAUGGAAGACGUCCUGGACCUUAUUGUUAUAAAAUUCAAGGUCAGAUUUAUUAUCAAAUGAAUAAUGCUUUAUAUCCAGAAGAAGGAGACAAUCCAUCUUUUGGUCAACUUUUUAUUUAUGAUGCAAAUGAAUCUAUUGAGCGCAGAUUAAAUCAAAACAAUCAACUUGACGUUGAAAUUCUUACAAUUUUAGAAACAACUAUGAGAAAUUUUAAUGUUUUUUCAAAAUCAUAUAAAAUGAUGUCAGAGGUUAUUGAAAUUGAAAACCAAUUAGCUAUUCAAAGAAAUGAGCAGUUACCUGAGUUGCAAUUGCUUUUUACGUUAAAAAAGGGAAUGGAUCAUAGGCGAUUUAAUUUUCAGAGGACAAAUGAGGUGGCAGCCAUUUUUAAAACUAAUUCAGAAGGAGAAAUUCCGGAAUCUUAUGUUACAGUUUACAAUAAUUGUUCAAAAUCAUUACAGAUAGUAAGUAGUUUAGAUCCUAAUGUUGAGCCAUGGACAUAUCCGAUAUUUUAUCCGUUGGGCAAUAAAGGAUACGAUAUUAAUAUGCUUAGGGUAGAUAGGGAUAACAGAUCGAAAAAGCAUAAAGUUAGUAGAGCAGAUUAUUUAAAGUAUCGUAUAGCUUUAAGGGAUGAAUUUAAUCAGUUUUUAUUAGGAGGAAGAUUGUUUCAACAAUGGUUGGUAGAUAAUUAUGUUAAAAUUGAAAAAGAUAGAUUGCUAUAUUUUCGCAAUAAUCAACUUAAAAUUAGAGCAGAAUCAUACAAAGGAUUAAUUGAUCAUUUGCAACAUCGAGCUGAUGAUAUAGACACACAUGUUGGUAAAUUAGUUGUUUUGCCAUCAACAUUUAUUGGUUCUCCUAGAAAUAUGACACAACUUUAUCAAGAUUCGAUGGCAAUUGUAGGUAAACAUGGCAAACCUGAUUUAUUUAUUACCAUGACAUGCAAUCCGAAGUGGAAGGAAAUUGAAGAAAAUUUAUUACCUAAUCAGACAGCCUCAGAUAGACCAGAUAUUGUUGGAAGAGUAUUUGCUCUAAAGGUCGAUUAUAGUGUAGAUCGUUAUAUUUCUGCGGAAAUUCCUGAUGAAAAUUUGCAUCCUUUAUUACACAGUAUUGUAAUAAAAAAUAAUAUUCACGGACCUUGUGGAGAUUGGUGUUUAAAAGAUAAUAAAUGUUCAAAACAUUUUCCUAAAGAUUUUAACUCAGAAACAACAUUCACUUAUAAUAGCUUUGUUAAUUAUCGUCGAAGAGAUACGGGAAAAAGUUAUACUAGACCAAGUGGAUACAUAGUUGAUAAUCGACAUGUUGUUCCGUACUGUCGUGAACUCACUUUCAUAUUUAAUUGUCAUAUUAAUGUUGAGGUCGUUUCCAGCAUAGAUUCAGUAAAAUAUUUAUAUAAAUAUAUUUACAAGGGGCACGAUGCAGCAGCAAUAUUAAUUACUGAUAGUAAUGGUAAUAUUACUCUGGGAUAUGAUGAGAUUAAGCAAUAUGAAGAAAAUCGAUAUGUCGGGCCUGUUGAAGCAUAUUGGCGUAUUGCGUGUAAAAAUUUAUUUAAAAAAAGUCAUAGUAUUACUCGUUUACCCGUACAUUUACCUGAAGAACAAAAUAUUAUCAUCUCUGAAACCAAUAAUGGGAAUAAUGUUUCUUUUAAUGUCAAUAAGAAAAGUAAGCUUGUAGAUUAUUUUGAUUUAAAUGUACGUGACUUAGACGCUUGCAAUUUCUAUUAUACUGAAAUUCCAGAAUACUACACUUGGAAAGAAAAGGAUUCUAAAUGGGUAAAACGUAAAGGUUUUGAUAAUACAAUCGGACGCAUGUAUUCCGUUAAUCCUUGUCAAGUCGAAUUAUUUCACUUGCGGUUAUUGUUAUUGUCAACAAAAGGAAAAAAAUCAUUCGAAGAUUUAUGUACAGUAAAUGGUGUGUUUUAUGAUACAUUCAGUUCGACUUGUCUUGCGUUAGGACUCAUCGAAGAUGAUGAUGAAUGGAGACGAGCUUUAAGUGAUGGUGCUUUAUGGAAAAUGCCUCAAAGUUUACGAAGAUUAUUUGUUAGAAUAUUAAUUCACUGUCAGCCAAUUAAUCCUCAUGAAUUGUGGAAUGAGUUUAAAGAUAAAUUUUCUGAAGAUUAUUCAAGAAAUUUUGGAACUCUCGAAGCUCAAAACAUGUUUGUAACAUGGCAUUUACUGGAAUAG